UGCCAAAGUUGCUUUAUUUUCAGCAAACAGCACACUCUUGCAGCUCAUAUGAGUUCAAUAAUUGUUUUUUGUUCCGUAUAUUUAUUUUCCGAGUAUUGUGUAUAUUUUAUUGACUGGAUAAAGUCCAAUACAUUUUAAUAAUGUAUGAUAAGACAUAAUAUAGAUCGUACAACAUAACAUAUUAAAACGAAAGUAACGACCCCGAUUUAAAAAUGUAAGGAGUAGAAAAUACAGAUAUUUGUGUAAAAGUAAAGUUUUCAGAAAAACAAAUAGUGGAGUAAAGUACUGAUACCAGCAAAACCUACUUGCGUACAGCAACAAAGUAUUUUUACUUCGUUACUUCCCAUCUCUGUUAGUGCUGAAUACUGAAUUAAAGAGCCGAGUGAGACAUUUAAAUAGCAUUUAUCUCUUCUUUCUGUUAAUAUUAGUUCUUCCAAAAAUGAGAAGUCAUUCAUAUUGACUCUUCUGCUAUUAUUCUAAUCACUAAAAUUAUAUAACAACAAGCCAAAGAGUUUAUGGUCUCCAGCUGUUUGAGAUCCUAAUGUUUACGUUCAUAUAAUUAUCAAUCACCUGUUUCUAAUGGGCUGUCUCUAAAAGUGAGGGUGACGUAUCCCCCCCGGUUGCAACGCCACUGAUGGUCUUCAAUGAUUUCCAUAGUAGGACCGUGUCCAAACACAGAGGAAAACACCCGCUGAAGUGAAUGAUCUCCGCGACACACUAUUAUAAAGAUGGAGUUCAUUAAAGAGGAGAGGGAAGACGUGAAGAUUGAAGAAAUAAUAGUCAAACGAGAAGAUGCUGAGGAACAAACAGACCUGAAGCCAUUUGUGUGUGAUCAGUGUGAAAAGAGCUUCUCAAGCAGAGAAUCCUUGAAUACUCAUACGGGUAGUCACUGUGGAGAGAAACAGCACUCCUGCAAACUGUGUGGAAAAACUUUUCCAUUAAAACAAUAUCUGGAUUCUCACAUGAGCUUUCACGCUGGAGUCUUGUCUUUCAUAUGCUACGAGUGUGAAAAAGGUUUCAAACUUAAAAGCACCUUUAAAAAGCACAUGCUAACACACUUUAUAGAUGGCUUUUUUACAUGCCAGCUGUGUGGAAGGAAAUUCAAUACAUGGGGAUACUUCGAGCGGCACAGGAGAGUUCACACCGGAGAAAAACCUUUCAGCUGCCAACAGUGUCCAAAGACUUUUGCUCGAAAAGAACAACUCAAGCUCCACAUGAGAGUUCACACCGGAGAGAAACCCUUCACCUGCCAACAAUGUGGAAAAAGUUUUGCUCAAACAGGACAACUUAAAAUCCACUCCACUGUUCACACAGGAGAGAAGCCUUUCAUCUGCCAAGAGUGCGGAAGGGGUUUUUCUCAAGCUCAGAACCUUAAAAUCCACAUGAGAAUUCACACCGGAGAGAAGCUUUUCAUCUGCCAAGAGUGUGGGAAGAGUUUCAGACAACUAGGGGGUCUUUCAGUCCACAUGAGCAUUCACACCGGAGAAAAACCUUACAGCUGCCAACAGUGCGGAUGGAGUUUCAGGGUAAAAACGAACCUUACAGCGCACAUGUUCGUUCACACUGGAGAAAAGAAUUUCACCUGCCACGUGUGUGGUGUGAGUUUCAGAGCUAAAAAAACACUUUCUUCCCAUUUGAGAAUUCACGAGUCAUCAGAGCGAGAAGAAUUCACAUGUCGACCUGAAUGUUUGAUUGACUAAACCGUAAACGUUCAAUAAAAUGGCGAAAUUCA